AUUGAAACCUCUCCCGAGACCUGCCCGAAGCUGCUCAGUGCCGCCCGCCGAGAUUUCGCACCCCACGGGGUUCGCGCAAGUCCACGAUCGUGCCUAGACGCUCGCCUGUAUCGCUGCCUUCCUUCGAUAUCCUCCUCACUCGCGUGCGCAUUCCAUGGCAGGUCUCGUCAUCUCACUGGUUCGGGUGUGAACUCUAGGGGUCAUCUUUGCCGACCGACAAGGUGCUGAUGGUUAUACUCUUCAACUGUCACGUCUUUUGCGGGUCACCCUCUGCUUGUCAGUCUAGACCAGGGGGCCCAGAAGGAUAGCGCAGAACGAGUUCUCCUCGAUACUCACGAGCAUUGGCUUGCCUCUCUCCGAGGGUUCAUGAUGUCCUCAACUGUCGCUGCAGUGGCUCCCUUGGAGCAGGGGUUCAAAGGCUCCCACGAGGACACACACAUGCCGACUGAAAUUGACACAGCCGAUGCGGCGCUGCAUGGGGCAUCGCGAAAAAGAAAAAGGGCCCGGAAAAUCCAGACAGAUCGCAAGUUUGAAUGUACUUUCGAGAAUUGCGGCAAAUCCUACUCACGGGCAGAGCAUCUAUAUCGUCAUCAACUCAAUCACACGCCGAAACAGAUUUACCGAUGCGAUUUCCCGGACUGCUACCGAUCUUUUGUGCGACAAGAUCUGUGUGUGCGCCAUCGCGAACGGCACACGACGCAAGGCUCUCAGCUGCAGAAACGGGACAGUUUCGCCCAAGCUGCGGUGAAUAAUGCGCCAAUCGUACCUGCUGAGCAGAAAGAACAACCUAUACCCAAGAAAAUCGACGGUGAUUCGCCGACGGGGAUACCUGCAGCUUCUCCCCAAUACCCGUCAACCCAGGCGCCAAUCGAAGGGCGGAUAGAUCCUAUUGCACUCCAAUCCAUCAAGAACAUCGGCACCAAGGUCACAGCAGUACUCUCUUCUCGGCCUGGCCAUUCCCCUCCUACAUACAAAUAUCAACCCCCUCUUUCACAACCGGGCGUUGAGCUGUCGGAUACCACUUUUUCUCGCUCUGUCAGUUUGAGCAACCAUACAAACAGCUCUCCGACGGGCCAGUCAACAACCACAUUCAGUCCCUCGGAAUAUCAAACGCAUCGUAGCCAUCCCUCCACUAGCGUAUCUCUACAUAAUGGUGAGACAUGUCAACAGACUCGAGCGCGUCAUCCUGCGGAUGAAACCACGAUGCUAUCUAGCUACAUGGAAGGACCGUCGCUGGCCCAUUCGGCGUCAUACCCACCCAUUCCUGUGGGUGGGUAUACCGAUAUCUCACUGGGGCCAGCAACAGCUUCAGCCUCGACUACUCUGAAUAAUGUGAGUACCUUCGAAGCGCUGGAUUCUGUGUCUGGAAUGAUGGCACCGGGAUCAACGGUGGGAGACCCCAGCUUCGACGCGCUGACCUCCUGUGUCUAUCCAAUUUUUGGCGGAGAGACACAUAACCGGUCUCCGUUCGCGAUGCCCGAAGAUUUCACCGCGUGGCUGUUUAACGACCCUCUCCCCGGUUCGUCAUCGAUGGGUUAUCCGUCUGCCACCAAUAUGAUACCAAACUACCUCAAUGCUAUCCAGCUACAGAAUCAAUUUCUACCGAGUGACCCUGGUUACGGAAGUUUUAUGAACGGCGUCAUUCCGCAUGACCCGAUGAGUGUUACUAGCAUCCUAGACGCCGGUUCUUCGCGAAUGAGCCUGUCCAAUGACAAGAGACAGGAGCUUCUCGCGCUCAUGGGUUCACGAUUCAACGAGGCUGCAUACUCGGCAGUGGCAAAGCGGAAGGAUGCUCUGAUGGACGGUGAUAUGAAUGACGAUCGCCAUGUUCUCGGACCGCGGAUGAUGGAGGCCUAUAUCGCCUCGUAUUGGCAACACCUUCACCCACAAUUACCUAUUUUACACCGUCCUUCGUUUGUCUUGAACAAAGCCCCGAACUUGCUUCUGCUGGCUGUCAUCGCUAUUGGGGCGUCUACUCUGGACAAGGUCUAUGGAGCAGACGUAACAGAGACCGCAGCCGAACUGGCGAAUUUUAUUGCAUGGCACCUACGAUGGGAAUUAUUCAUGGAUGCCGAUUUUCGCCCACCAGCCAAGCUAUGGGUCUUCCAAGCACUACUACUUCUUGAGGUAUAUGAAAAGAUGUACUCAACCCGUGCGCUGCACGAGCGAGCCCAUAUUCACCAUGAUACUACACUCACGUUGAUGCGGCGUGGUAGCUCGUUGAUCGGCCGCUCCGCACUAGAUUCUCCGGCGAGUUUGAGAGACGAGCGGCAAACUCGCUCAGUCACCGGGUCAACAAUGACGCCUGACUUCGUGGCAGAAGAAUCCUGGACUCAUUGGAUCAAGGCUGAAGCUACAAGACGAGUGGCAUUUGCGGCUUUCGUGCUGGAUUCAACGCAUGCCACUAUGUUCGGACAUUCCGCAAAGAUGGUGGCUCACGAGCUGCGUCUGCCUCUUCCGUGCGAUGGGGCGCUGUGGUCUGCGACCAACGCCUCUGAGGUGGCUCGAGUGCAAUCCAGCUUGCAUGCCAAUGGAGUCAAACCGCUGCUGUUCUUGGAUGGCCUGAAACGAACACUCAACGGCCAGCCGGUGCGGACCAACGCUUUUGGACGCACCAUUCUCAUGGCGGGGUUACUGAGUGUCAGCUGGCACAUGAAUCAGCGCGACCUUCAGGUCAGCUCGCUGGGUGUACUGCAGGCAUUGGGAGGCCGUGAUAAGUGGAGGUCCGCGUUACUGAGGGCAUUCGAUAAUUGGCGGCGGGACUUUGAUGAGGCCCUGGGAACGUCAGAGUCAGGGUCGUUUUCUGGUGGAUACCGAGCGCGACAUCCUUGGGACGAAGCGAAUGUGUUUGAAUCGCGUGAUGUCCUGCAUGGACUAGCACACAUGGCCUCCCACGUCGACAUUGUUGACUGCCAGGUUUUCGCCGGAGCCGGUCGGCUCAUGGGGCGAGCCAUUACCCGAAAGGACUACGAUGCGGCGCGUGAGAAGAUGGUUCGAUGGGCUACCAAGGCCACAGCCCGCGACGCCACUUUUUACGCUCUGCGGUUCCUGUCCGAGUGCCUGUUGGACGGUGAGCGGGCACUCGAUGACGAUGACGUAUACUCGGGCCGGGAUGACUAUUUGCUCAACAGACCGUGGGUCCUCUAUGUCGCUGCCCUCGUGGUUUGGUGUUACGGAUAUGCCCUGGAAGGACCGCUCCUUCAUCCGGUCAAACUGGCCACGCCUGCAGAGCAGCGACACGAUAUGCAGCAAUUUUUGCGACGAGUCGGCGGGGUCCGCGAACCUAGUGACCUGGAGGGUAUGAAGGGAUGCAAUCAGUGCAUGGGACUGCUGCUGGUUCUCCGCAAUGGAUUCACAAAUACACGUUGGGAGCUGCUGAGUGAGGCGGCCUAUCUACUCAGCAGCUGUAUGGACAAGCUGAACGGGGGCGCGGCCUCCUGAACUGGCUGAUGUGUUCGAAGCUUGGUAGUAUAUGCUGCCCUCAUUUAUGUGUAUUUAGCGUGCUUCUGGAUGGCCUUUUGUCUUCAUGUAUAUUUAAUCUGCUUACCUAAAGCGUUCCAGAGAUCGAAGCUGAAGUCAGCUUCACGUGUGGUAGUUUCUGAUUGUUGUCUGUGAUGCUGCUGCUUGGGAAUGAGUUACGACUGAGAUACCAUGGCGAGGAGGACCGCGUUUGAACUCUGCAG